AUGGAGACCGGCAACGCAGCCGGCCCCAACGGCAUUGAAUGCCAAGGCGAGGACGUCGGAUUGGACGCGUGGGUGCACGGGCACCCCGUGGACCGCCCCAACGCCUCAGCCACCGACGCCGCCCCUCCGCGGCGGUUGAACGUCCACUACAGGACGGCCGCCGGCGCCGUGCAGACCGCCGUCUGCGAAAUCAGCGCGGCGUUCUUCCCGCGCUGCACCGUCGGCAAGGUCGCCGCGCGCAUUGUGGCGCUCGCGCCGGCCGCGGACGGCUCGUCGUGCCUGGGGCCCGCCGAGGAUGCAUCGGGACGUAUUUUGCAGCAGGGCGAUUUGCUGGCUGACGCUUUGGGCGAGGGGCAGGACAUAUUCCUAUGCGUCACGCGCACGCCCGCUGCCGGCCGCCCCGUGGGGGAUGAGGCCUCGAGCAGCGGCGCCGCAGCGGCAGGCGGCAGCGGCUGCGGGCGCUGGGCCGGGGGCGGAUCACCUGCGCGGGGAGGCUGCGGGGCCUGUGGAGGCUGCGCAGGGGAGCUGGCGGAGCAGCACAGCCCCUGGCGCGACUGGGCGGCGCUGCCGCUGCCGGCGCUCAAGCGCGCAUCAAACAUGAUGAUGGCGAUGCUGCACCCUGGGCAGGCCCAUGGCCCGUAA